AUGGAUGCUUAUUCAGGUUACAACCAGAUCUUCAUGCACCCCGAAGAUCAGGCCCACACCUCUUUUAUUAUGGACCGCGGCCUCUACUGCUAUAAGGUGAUGCCCUUUGGCCUCAAAAACGCCGGGGCUACUUAUCAGCGACUGGUGAACCACCUCUUCGCCCCACUGAUUGGCAAUACCAUGGAGGUAUAUGUCGAUGACAUGCUAGUCAAGAGUCGCACAGCUGACAAACACAUCCCCAACCUCUCUGCCAUGUUCACCAUCCUGAAGCAGUACAAAAUGAGGCUUAACCCCACCAAAUGUGCAUUCGGGGUGGCUUUCGGCAAAUUCCUUGGCUUCAUGAUUAGCCAGAGGGGUAUUGAGGCCAAUCCAGAAAAGAUCCAGGCCAUCUUAGACAUGACAAUACCUAAGACGGUCAAGGAUAUCCAAAGCCUUACAGGGCGUGUCGCAGCCCUGACCAGAUUUAUCUCCAAAGCCACUGACCGCUGCGCCCCAUUCUUCAAGGCCCUUAAGGGCACCAAGCGAAACAUCACCUGGACUGCUGAGUGUGAGACGGCUUUCAGCGAGCUCAAGGAGUAUAUGGGCCGAGCCCCUUUAUUGUCAACCCCUGAGCACGGAGACAUCCUCGUGAUUUAUCUCUCCGUCUCAGUUUCGGCAGUUAGCUCUGUGCUCAUCCGAUCAAAAGAUAACGCGGAACACCCAGUGCAUUAUGUUAGUAAAGCAUUGCAGGAUGCCGAAAAACCAGAAACUUCUGGGAGGCUGGUUAAGUGGGCCAUUGAACUUGGCGAGUUUGAUAUUCAUUACAAACCCCGCCCGGCUAUAAGGGGGCAGGCCGUUGCUGACUUCUUAUCUGAAUUCACGGAGCCCCAAGCUUCAGCAGCUACCCAGCUCAUAACCAAACCCAAUCUCCCUCCGAGCCAGGACCACACCGCCAGCAAAGGCACUUUCGACCUGACCCAGCCCCUAUGGACUUUAUUUGUGGAUGGCUCUUCUAAUGCCCAGGGGUGUGGGGCCGGCCUCGUUCUCAUCUCUCCAGACAAGGUUGCCCUCGAGUACGCCCUCCGCUUCAAAUUCCAAGCCUCCAACAAUGAGGCCGAAUAUGAAGCACUCUUAGCUGGUCUUCGACUAGCCAAAGAGAUGGACGCCAAACAAAUUCAGAUAUUCAGCGACUCACAGCUCGUGGUCCACCAGGUCAACCAGGACUUCACGGCCAAGGAUGCCUCUAUGACGGCUUAUCUCCAGCACGCUCGGCACUUGCUGACAACCUUCCACGCCCACUCUAUAAAACAAGUGUCGCGCUCAAAGAAUAGCCAUGCCGAUGCAUUAGCCAAGUUGGCAUCAGCCUUGGAGCAGGGAAUAGGUCGCCACAUCCACAUCGAAUUCUUGGACCAGCCCAGCACACAAGCCCCACUCAUCUGCACCAUUGAUCACAGCCCUACAUGGAUGGACCCCAUCCUCCACCUUCCUUACCUCCGAUGCCUGACUCCAGAGGAGGGUCACUAUGUCCUCCGAGAAAUCCAUGAAGGCAUCUGCGGCAACCACUCGGGCGCACGCUCACUGGCCCAUAAGGCAAUCCGCCAAGGAUACUUCUGGCCUUCACUCCACACUGACGCCCAGGCCUUCACCCAGAAAUGCGACAAGUGUCAGAGAUUUGCCAACAUUCCACAACUCCCGGCAGAACCAUUGACUGCCAUGGUCAGUCCUUGGCCAUUUGCCCAAUGGGGACUGGAUCUCAUUGGGCCGAUGCCAGAGGGCAAGGGCCAAGUCAAAUAUGCAGUUGUAGCCGUAGACUACUUCACCAAGUGGGCUGAGGCCGAGGCCUUGGCCACCAUCACUGCAGCCCGCAUCGAAACCUUUGUGUGGCAAAGUAUUGUAUGUCGCUUCGGCAUCCCCAACUCCAUCGUCACAGACAAUGGCCGGCAAUUUGACAAUGCCAAAUUCAAACAAUUUUGUUCUAACCUCAAGAUUCGUCUGUGCUUCGCCUCCCCAGCCCAUCCUCAGUCCAAUGGCCAGGUCGAAGCCGUGAACAAAAUUAUCAAGAAGACCCUCAAGACAAAACUUGACAAAGCCAAGGGCUGCUGGCCAGAACUACUCCCGGAAGUACUCUGGUCCUACCGCACCACCUUCCGCACAUCCACCGGUGAAACGCCGUUCUCCCUAUCAUUUGGAACCGAGGCCGUGGCACCGGUAGAGAUUGGCCAGCCCACAUACCGAACCUCCACUUACGAUGCCAAGGCCAAUGACGAGCAGUUAGCCCUAAACCUCGACUUCAUUGACGAGCUCCGUGACCAAUCAAGCAUGCGCAAUGUCGCGUACAAACAACGCAUCGCCAAAUACUACGACUCCCGAGUCAAGCCCCGCGCUUUCAAAAUGGGGACUGGGUCAUGCGCAAGGUUUCCUUGGCUACCAAAAAUCCUACCGAAGGUACCCUCGCCCUACAUGGGAGGGUCCUUAUGA